GCCUAAGUCGGUCCCCUUCCCGCCAAGUUCGAGACUGACAGCGCAAUUCAUCUUUCCAUCAAAACGCAAAUCGGUCCACCAUCGCAACUCAACCCAAUUGGGUUCCACUCAUAAUCGCCAGCAUGGCAUCCUUUGCAGCGGCAUGCCGCAUGUCGGCGCGGCUUGCGGCACGAAAGGUGCGGCAGGAUGCUACGAUCAGAGGCUACCGGACAUCACCCGCCGCCCUGGCUGCCCAAAACUUCACCAUGCCUGCUCUGUCGCCCACGAUGACCGAAGGCAACAUUGCGACAUGGAGGGUCAAGGAAGGCGAGAAGUUUUCUGCCGGCGAUGUCCUUCUCGAGAUCGAGACGGACAAGGCGACAAUGGACGUCGAGGCGCAGGAGGAUGGCACCCUCAUGAAGGUCAUGCAGGGCGACGGGAGCAAAGGUGUGCAGGUUGGUACGCGGAUAGCAGUCAUCGCCGAGGAGGGCGACGACAUUAGCACGCUCCAAAUCCCCGCCGAGGAGAACCCGCAAGCAACGAAGGCCGCCGAGGCACCCGAGACACAAACUCCGGCGACUCCGGAACCCGAAUCCACAUCGUCGGCCGCGCCCCCGAAGGCUGCGUCGAAGCCCGGGGAAAAGACAUCCAAGAGGACCUACCCUCUGCUCCCAUCAGUGGGCCAUCUUCUUAAGGAGAACGGCCUCGAUGCGUCCGCUGCCAACGACAUCACUCCGACCGGCCCUAACGGCCGUCUCCUCAAGGGCGACGUCCUCGCGUUCUUGGGCAAGAUUAACGCAAACACCCCGGCCGAGGUUUCCUCCCGUUUCAACAAGGCAUCGCACCUCGACUUGAGCAACAUCAAGGUUGCCAAGGCGCCCGAGCCUAAGAAGUCCGCGAAGGAGGCUGCCCCAGCUCCUCCGGCCCCCGUCAAGUCCGUCGUCACGCUCCCAGUCUCCCUCUCAGCCGUUAUCGAAGCCCAAAGAAAGACACAGAAGACGCUCGGCGUGUUCCUCCCGCUCUCGACUUUCAUCUCGCGUGCCACCGAGGUUGCCAACGACGAGCUCCCGCUCCCGGCCAACUACCAACCGUCGGCAGACGAGCUGUUCAGCCAGGUGCUGGGCCUGGACAAGACCGGGGGCCGCAAGGUUUCGCGGGGCUCGUACAUCCCGCAGAUCGGCGCCCUCGCGCCCGCGUCUGUGUUCCCCACGCGCCCCACCAAGAAGGCCGACAUCUUCGACAUCCUUGCCUCGAAGCCCAAGCCGGCCGCGAAGACGACCACCGUGCUCCCCGGUCCCUCGACUGGGCCCAACGUUUUCAGCCUGCAGGUGCCCAAGGCAGAGGAGAGGAGAGCGCGGGUGUUCCUCGAGCGGGUCAAGGUCGUGUUGGAGAACGAGCCGGCGAGGCUGGUGCUGUGAGGCGGGCAUCGCCGGCGGCGUUGAUGCGUGUAGGUUAAUCAAGUCAAGCAGUCAUAGAUCUCUUGGUUUCUCCAUCAAA